AAUCUAACACACGCCUGAAACACACCAUGACGUGGUUUAUUUCCAACCAGUUUGAUCUGAUUUUUUUUUUAAAAAGGGACAAUUUAUUCGCUUCCAGGAUCGGAUCUUGGUAAUUAAUCUCACUUGAGCCUUCACCGAUAAUGAGCCAAGCCGAAGAAGCAGGUGGCGGAGUGGAUCAGGACGACGAGUCGACGGAUCUGCUGUCAGUUUCCUGGAACCAGGACAACAGCUGCUUCAUCGCAGCCAGCACCAACGGCUUCAGGGUCUUCCAGUGCAACCCCUUCCGCGAGACGACGAGGAGGACGCCGCUCGGCCCGGACAGAGGGAUCGCCGUCGCCGAGAUGCUGUUCCGGACCGGCGUCUUCGGCAUCGUCGGCGCAGAAUCCAACACAAGAUUUCCUCCCACCAUGCUCCGGAUCUGGGACGACGACGGCUGCAGCAUCCGCGUCGACGAGUACCGCUUCGCCGGCGAGAUCCGCGCCGUCAGGCUGUCCAGGGACUACUUCGCGGUGGUUCUUGACAGGACCAUCAACGUCUACAGGUUCAGGUACCUGAAGCUCUUCUACCAGGCCAGGACGGCGUCGAACCCCAAGGGGCUGUGCUGCCUCUCUCACUAUGCAGAUACCUCUGUGUUUGCCUGCCCUGGGACUUCCAAGGGUCAGGUUCUUGUCGAGCAUUUCGGGCUGAAGGCGACCAGGCUCAUCGCAGCUCAUGACUCGCCCCUUUCAUGCAUGGCAAUGGCCCUGGAUGGAAUGCUGUUGGCUACGGCGAGUGUGAGGGGUACUUUGAUCAGAAUAUUCAACACUAGGGACGGAACCUGCAUGCAAGAGGUGCGGAGAGGGCUCGACAGAGCUGAGAUACAUAGCAUUGCAUUGUCGCAAAAUUUGCAGUGGUUAGCAGUGUCCAGUGACAAAGGAACGGUGCAUGUCUUCAGUUUGAGGGUGAAGCAUGCAGAGGAGGAUGCAAAUAACCGGGAGCCUGCAACUACAGUUGCACAAGUGAAUGACAAUUUCAGCUGUGGUUCUAUGGCUCCAGUUACACAAACGAAGAAGAUAGGAUCCAAUGCGAGCUCAUCACUGUCUUUCAUGAAAGGGGUUCUGCCGAAAUAUUUCAGCUCAGAAUGGUCAUUUGCUCAGUUCCGUUUACCAGAAAUCACACGGUAUAUUACAGCAUUUGGAGAUCAAGACACUGUAAUGAUGAUCGGUCUUGAUGGCAGUUUCUACAGAUGCAGAUUUGACCCUGUAAAUGGCGGGGUGAUGGUGCUGAAGGAAUAUCACCAGUUUCUGAAGGCCAGCAAACCUCAAUGAAUACCAACUGAGAUUCAUGUCAAUUUUGUAAUCAUCUCAGGAAGGUUCAACUGCAUGUACCUAGAUGGUCUCACUCACCACGUUCAUCUUGUAAUGUUGUCGCUAGUAACAUUUCCAGUAGCCAGGUUUAAUCUGCAUUGGCUAAUAGGAGUAAUGUGAGGGAAAAACAGGGUUUCAGCAGGUUAUCUAUCCAAUCAUCUAAAAAUAGAGUAUUAUUUAUAUUGAAAAAAAGAAACUUCAAACAUGAAUAUUCUCUCUCCUCUAUCCAUAUCUCAACAUUCAACCACAAGAGCAUGAAGUAAUAAAAUAUAUGCAGAUGAUACAAUAUGAAUGUUC